GAUUUCCGUCGCCACCGGAAUCCGUACGCCGCGGAUGAUACGUUAAACAGCGUGAAUAAGUUUGGAAAUUAAAAAAUAAUAAAAAUAAAACAGUUGUUUGAAAUUCGUUUGAUUUUUUCCGUAUAUUGUUCUUGCAUUGUUUUUCUACGUCGUUUGCGUUUAUACACAAAUAUACAUAAAUAUAUAUACUCAUCCACACGCGUUGACGUCGACCAAACGAAAAAAUAAUAAUUAUUAUUAUUAUUAUGAACGACAGGAAAUCCCAAUUGGUUCUCAACAUCAAUGCGGAGGGGAGUACCUCUUCGUUUUUAAGAGCGGCUCGAUCCGGAAAUCUCGAUAAAGUAAUCGAACAUUUAAAAAACAAAAUCGAUAUAAAUACAUCAAACUCUAAUGGCUUAAACGCGUUGCACUUGGCUUCGAAGGAUGGACACAUUGAAAUCGUCAAAGAGUUAUUGAAAAGAGGUGCUAACGUAAAUUCGGCCACUAAAAAAGGAAAUACUGCUCUUCAUAUCGCUUCUCUCGCUGGUCAACAUGACGUAGUGGUUACUCUUGUGGAACAUGGAGCGUUGGUAAAUGUGCAAAGUCAAAAUGGUUUCACCCCUUUAUAUAUGGCUGCGCAAGAAAACCACGAUAGAGUUGUUAAAUACCUGUUAGCCAAUGGCGCUAACCAAAAUUUGGCAACUGAGGAUGGAUUUACGCCAUGCGCUGUUGCAAUGCAACAAGGCCACGAGAAGGUAGUUACUGUACUACUAGAAAAUGAUACCAAAGGUAAAGUGCGUCUUCCUGCAUUGCAUAUUGCAGCAAAAAAAGAUGACUGUAAGGCUGCAGAUUUACUCCUCCAAAACGAUCAUAAUCCAGACGUAACAUCUAAGAGUGGAUUUACUCCAUUGCACAUUGCUUCUCAUUAUGGAAACGACGGUAUUGCUAAACUUCUUCUUGCUAAAGGUGCAGAUGUCAACUACUCUGCUAAACAUAAUAUAACUCCUUUACAUGUGGCAGCGAAAUGGGGCAAAAGUAACAUGGUGUCUUUAUUGCUCGAAAGCGGUGCAAAUAUCGAAGCUAAAACUAGAGAUGGCUUAACGGCUUUACAUUGUGCAGCAAGAUCCGGACACGAUCAAGUUAUCGAUAUGCUAUUACAAAGAAACGCUCCGAUCAGUUCAAAGACUAAGAAUGGCCUAGCAGCAUUACACAUGGCGGCCCAAGGUGAUCACGUAGAGGCAGCUAAAGUAUUAUUGACCAAUAACGCUCCAGUGGAUGACGUAACUGUAGAUUACUUGACUGGUCUUCAUGUAGCUGCCCACUGCGGACAUAUUCGCGUGGCUAAACUUUUACUGGAGAAACACGCGGAUCCCGAUGCUAGGGCUUUGAAUGGAUUUACACCGUUGCACAUCGCGUGCAAAAAGAACCGCAUUAAAGUAGUGGAGCUACUUCUUAAGUAUAACGCAAGCUUAGAAGCUACCACUGAAUCUGGACUCACUCCAUUGCACGUCGCUAGUUUUAUGGGCUGCAUGAACAUUGUAAUAUUCUUGUUACAACACGAAGCCAAUCCAGACCUACCAACUGUUAGAGGAGAAACGCCAUUGCAUCUAGCUGCCAGAGCUAAUCAAACGGACAUCAUUAGAAUACUACUUCGUAAUGGAGCUCAAGUUGAUGCCAGAGCUAGGGAGAAACAAACCCCUCUUCAUAUAGCCUCCAGAUUGGGUAAUGUGGACAUCGUAAUGUUGCUUUUGGCUCAUGGCGCCGCAGUUGAUUCGACCACAAAAGAUUUAUACACCGCCCUACAUAUUGCCUCUAAAGAAGGCCAGGAGGAGGUUGCAUCAGUGUUGUUGGAGAAUGAAGCCUCAGUGACAGCAACUACUAAAAAAGGGUUUACCCCUCUUCAUUUGGCAUCAAAGUACGGAAACAUUAAAGUCACUAAAUUGCUGUUACAAAAACAAGCUCCAGUUGAUGCUCAAGGAAAGAACGGUGUAACACCAUUACACGUAGCAAGUCAUUAUGAUAAUCAAGCUGUUGCAUUGAUGUUGCUUGAUAAGCAAGCAUCGCCUCAUGCCACAGCAAAGAAUGGUCAUACUCCUCUUCAUAUAGCAGCGAAAAAGAAUCAGAUGGACAUAGCAGUUACAUUAUUAGAUUAUGGAGCAAAAGCAAAUGCUGAAUCAAAAGCAGGAUUUACUCCUCUUCAUCUCAGUUCUCAAGAAGGUAAUGUCGAGAUGACAACAUUACUUUUGAACCACAAUGCUGAUCCUAAUUAUAAAUCCAAGAACGGUUUAACACCAAUGCACCUUUGUGCCCAAGAAGACAAACAUAAAGUAGCUGCUGUGCUCGACAAUUAUCACGCAGACAUCAAUCCAGAAACGAAGGCUGGAUUUACUCCAUUGCACAUCGCGUGCCAUUUCGGUCAGUUAAACAUGGUUCGUUUCAUAACCGCUCGCCAAGGAAUCAAAAUCAAUGCGACCACAGCUUCUGGAUACACACCGCUUCAUCAAGCAGCUCAGCAAGGUCAUUCGACUAUUGUAAGCCAUUUAUUGGAUAAAGAAGCUGAUCCGAAUAUAUUGACUAAUCAAGGACAAACUGCUUUGUCCAUUUCUCAAAAGUUGGGUUAUAUAAGUGUCGUAGAGGCUUUGAAAAAUGUUACAAAAGCUGCACCUUCGUCGACUUUAGAUGAAAAAUACAAAGUUAUUUCUCCAGAAACUAUGCAAGAAACAUUUAUGUCAGACUCAGAAGACGAAGGUGGUGACGUUUUGCAAAGCGGAAGCGUCGAGUAUGGUCUCAACACUAGAACUCAACUAACACAAAAUGUUACCAUUUCGUCACGUGAAGAGACUAUGAUAAACGAACAAUCGUACAGGUAUUUAACCGGUGAAGAGAUGAAGGGCUUCGGUGACGACUCGGCUCCAAUCGAUGUAACGAGAGACGAGAGAUGUGACGUCAAUACGGUUCCUCCUACAUCAAUAGACGACGCUAUCAGCCCACAGACAGUAUAUGACAGUUAUAGUGGGCCCGUGGACAACAUCGACAUCAUUAAAUAUCCACCGCACGUCGGACGUUUGCAAUGGAAAACGUUCUUGGUCAGUUUCUUAGUGGACGCUCGUGGCGGAGCGAUGCGCGGAUGCCGGCAUAGUGGUGUCCGUGUGAUCGUGCCACCUCGGCGAGCUUCCAUGCCCACGCGGGUCACUUGUCGGUACUUAAGACGCGAUAAACUGGUGCACCCGCCGCCGCUGAUGGAAGGAGAGUCACUGGCUAGCAGAAUACUCGAACUCGGUCCCGUGGGAGCGAAAUUUUUAGGACCUGUUAUGAUCGAAGUGCCUAAUUUCGGAUCGCUCCGCGGAUCCGAACGAGAGAUCGUUGUUCUUAGAUCAGAUAACGGAGAGUCGUGGAGGGAGCACACGGUCGAAGCGACCGACGAUGUCGUCAAAGACAUACUCGGAGCGAAUUUCGACAAAGAAGAUCGCGACCCGUGGCAUUCCGGAAACCGUCUGACGCGGAUUGUGACUACGGAGUUUCCACAUUAUUUCGCAAUCGUAUCUCGAGUGAAGCAAGAAGUGCACGCCAUCGGGCCGGAGGGCGGUAUGGUAUCAUCGACAGUGGUACCACAGGUGCAGGCUGUAUUCCCGCAGGGAGCGCUCACCAAACGUAUUAAAGUCGGCCUACAGGUAAACUUGUUUAAACCACGAAGAAAUGUGGCCAGCACGUGCCUAAAGAAAAUCUCCGUAAACCACAUACCGAAAAAAAAAAGGUUUUCGUUAAUGUGGUAGAUGCAUCUGACGAUCGGUGGUGGUGGUGGCGGUGGUUGUCUUAUUUUAAUAACAGAAAAAUUAAUGAUAAACACGAAAAUAGAAAGAAAAAAACACUACUAUUUUGCCUUUUUUUUCUCAACUGACCCAACGCUUCAAACACACUUAUACAUUGCACAUAACAACAUAAAAUGUAUGCCGAUUAAUUUUUAAUUACUGUUUUCUUUUUUUUAAACUAUAUAUAUUUUA